AUGACACACGGCUCGCAUGUCCUCUCCUCCUCGAAGCGCGCUUCGGUCGACUCGGAAGACACGUCGCAAAGCCCUCUCGCGCGUCACUCCCGAGACCAUGGACAUAGACCACACUUGCACGAUCUGGAAGCGCAGAACCAUGCGGCAGAAAGCCUCCAUCCCCAUGUGAGAAUUCAGGACAACCCAGAGCACCAUCAACAUGCAGCAGACGAGGAUACCCAACCUCACUCGCCCCGAAUUCUGCAUCGCACCGAGACCGUCAUGUCCAAAGGUUCGAUAAAGUCCCUGCGGCGGAGAGGAAGAGCAGAUACCGCCAAUGUCAUCUACGGUCCGGCCGAGAUGGGCAGGUCAACGGGCUGGACGCCGGGCCAGGAGCCUGGUAUUGACACGAGCGACCCGGCUCCUCCGUACAGUCAGGGCAACGCGGUUGGCGGAGACUCAGCGCACCUCGAGAAGCUCAAUCAGCGGUGUGAGAUCACAGUGGUGGACUUCAGCAAUGAGGCGGUCUCGACAACGGACCUUGACAAUGACAAUAUCGAGGACUUUCUUCAGAAAGGGCCCCCAGGCUGGAGCGACGUCCGAUGGAUCAACGUCAAUGGAUUGUCAUGGGACGUGAUCCGAGUACUAGGGAACCACAAGCGGCUUCACCGGCUUGCCAUUGAGGAUCUGAUUCAUACUAAGAACAGGACGAAGGUGGAUUGGUAUAGCGACCAUACCUACAUGGUCUUGCCUCUGCAGAAGCUCAUCAACCUGGAAGAGAACGAUUCGGAUGACAGCUCUGACGACGAAGGCAAGGGCGACUCGAAGUCUGACGUUGCCGAGUCUGAAUACCGCAGUAGAGUCAUCACCGAACACCAGAGGAGGAAACGCGAAAACAAGCGAAGGAAAGGAGCUAUUCUCUCACUCAUCGAGGACUUGCGGAAGCCCAUGAAGAAGAAAAGGAAACGCGGGUCUGGCUCCGCCGAUAUCAUGGAGGGCCUACAGCCUUCAAACAGCUUCAAAAACAAUAAAGUGGGAAUCCCGUGGGCGCCCAGGAACAUCCGUACCAUGCAACGCUAUCACGCCGGGCCCAACCAGGACCGCAUUGACUACAUGGAGCGGCACGCCGUCCUCAGUCCAAAGGGCAUCGGUGUCUCUAUGGAACAGGUGUCGAUUUUUCUCUGCGCCGACAACACCGUCAUCUCCUUCUUCGAGUAUUCCGCGCACGAUGUUCAAACACCCAUCAUCCGCCGCCUCCAAUCACCGGGGACCAUUCUGCGCCAAUGCUCAGACGCCAGCAUGCUCUGCCAAGCUAUCCUCGAUGCGAUAAUCGAUCUUGCCAUCCCUGUAACGACGGCCUAUCAAGAUGCAAUAGGAGACUUGGAACUAGACGUGCUCACAGACCCCGACAUACAUCAAUCCAACGUUCUUUACAUUCUCACCUCGGAGAUUGCCAUCCUGCGCAACGCAAUCGCGCCAGUCGUUCAAUUCAUCGGCGCCCUGAAAGACCACAAAACAGAUGCUCAGCCUGCACCGGCAACCCAUUCGCGCGUCGCUAGUCCCGCCGCGUUCGAGCCACACGAUCCUCUCAGCAAAGCCACGCCCCAGGAGUUGAAGAAUCCGAAUCUUCGGAAACAGUUCUCCUCGCCACCUCUUUUGAGUGGGGUACAGAUUUCUCCUCUGACGAUAACUUACCUCGGCGAUGUGGAAGACCACGCGUUGCUGAUUCAAGACUCUUACGAUCAAAUGCGCCGUAAUGCCGACAACCUUGUCGACUUGAUUUUCAACACGGUCUCGGCGUACCAGAACGAAUCCAUGAAACAACUCACCAUCGUGACCUGUUUCUUCUUGCCCCUGACCUUUUUGACCGGCUAUUUUGGACAGAACUUCGAGCGCUUCAAUGGCGUGCAGCAUCACAGCGAUGCCUUUUUCUGGGUUAUUGCUGUGCCAGUGUCGGUGGUGGUGUUUUUGUUGCUGAUGAGGGAUGUCAUGACGAGAUGGGUGGUGAGGUGGGCGAACAAGGCACUUAUCAAGAGAGGGCGGCGGCGACGGUUGCAGUCUGAUGGGAAAUGA